CAUUUUAAUUUACAUUUUAUUAAUUUUAUUAAUUUAAUAAAAAAGGUGACUUGAUAAGAAUUGCAUCAGUUGCAUGUUGAUACUGUAAGUUAAAUGGUGUUAUAAUUUUAUAUAUAUAUAUAUAUAUAGAGAGAGAGAGAGAGAGUACAUAUAACUUUAAUGUAAUUUUAAUUUUGUUUAGAUAUUAAUUAUUUCUUAUGUAUUUUUUUUUUUAAUCUUAAAAUAAUUUUAAAAAGGGGCGACUAUUAACAAUAAGAACUGGCAAACGACAGGUAUUAGUCUUCAGUUGUGUGUUGAUAACUGUAAGGUUAAUGAUGUUCUGAAAAGAAAAAAGAAAAGCCGAAACCUCGUAUCAGACGUCUGAAAGGACAGUAACAUGAGGGAGUGACUAGUAGAGUUCCCACCGUCAGCCCUCCCUCUCGUUCCCUCGCCUCACCCUCACUCCUGCUGAAGUUGUCUUCAGAGAGAGCUCGUGUUACGGUUUGUGUACGGUGGUAUUGCACAGAGUCAGAGCUGCUCUCAAAGCAUGGGAGCGUAUUACUGCCUCGUUCGCAGGAGGUUCAAGAGAAGACGCAAAAAACGAUCCGAACGCAAAGGGAUCAUCAGCACCACAAUGAAUGAAGUAGGAGCCGGUGGGCGGCCCAGGGGGCAGCAGAAGCUCUGCAGUCUGGAUGUGGAUGAAGAGAAGCGCAUGAGUUCGUGUAGCAUGGACGUUAAAGAAAACCGCAACCUGGACAACCUCUCCUCCAAAGACGUGCUGGGGGAGGGGCCUCACUUAGCUAAUGGAAACGCUCGGGGAUUGAGCAGGAAACGCCCUCUGGAGGAGGGCAACAAAGGCCACGGACAUUCCAAAUUCCGGCCUAAGAAGCGAAGGAAACCGCAAGGGCCAGUCUUGCCGAAAAAUGCUCUCAUGCAACUGAACGAAAUCAAACCGGGACUGCAGUACAAACUUCUGUCUCAGACGGGGCCGGUACAUGCACCUGUCUUCAUUAUGACCAUUGAGGUUAAUGGACAGUUAUUUGAGGGCUCAGGCCCAACGAAGAAAAAAGCCAAACUGAAUGCGGCCGAAAGAGCGCUACGCUCUUUCGUUCAGUUUCCAAAUGCAUCCGAAGCUCACCUCGCGAUGGGCCGCACGCUGACUGUUAACACAGACUUCACCUCAGAUCAAGCAGAUUUCCCAGACAUGCUAUUUAACGGAUUUGAGACACCCGCACCACCUGAAGACCCCUUCUACCUGAGUCUUAGCAGCAAUGGGUCUCUCUGCUCCCUAAACGAAUUUUCUCUGCCCAUGGCGCUGAAAAACAACAACAGGUCAUAUCCUUCUCUCCAACUACCCCCUGCACUCACAACGCCCCCUACAGGCAGUGGCAAAAACGCUGUGAUGAUCCUAAAUGAGCUUCGGCCAGGACUGAAGUAUGAGUUUGUGGCUGAGAGCGGUGAAAGCCAUGCCAAGAACUUUACAAUGGCAGUUACUGUAGACACUCAGAUGUUCCAAGGCUCUGGACGGAAUAAAAAGCUGGCGAAAGCGAGGGCGGCCCAAGCGGCUCUGUCAGGACUUUUUAACAUGCAACUGGACCAGACACCAUCCCGACAGCCAAUCCCCAGAGAGGGACUUCAGCUACACCUGCCUCAGGUCCUUGCGGAUGCUGUUUCUCGUUUAGUUGUGGAAAAGUUCAGUGAGCUGACGGAUAACUUCACGUCACCACAUGCACGGCGGAAAGUCCUUGCGGGUGUUGUGAUGACAACUGGUACAGAUGUGAAGGAUGCUCAGGUCAUUUGCGUCACCACGGGAACCAAGUGUAUAAAUGGGGAGUACAUGAGUGAUCGAGGACUGGCCCUUAACGACUGCCAUGCUGAGAUCAUCGCACGUCGCUCCCUCAUCAGAUACCUGUACAGUCAGCUGGAAUACUUCCUCAGCGACAGCACUGAGGAACAUGAGAAAUCCAUAUUCAGAUGGUGUAGUGAACAUGGCUACCGGCUAAAAGAUGAUAUUCAGUUCCAUCUGUAUAUCAGCACAUCGCCCUGCGGAGACGCCCGGAUCUUCUCCCCCCAUGAGGCUGGGGCCGAGGACCAGGGUGACCGACAUCCAAACCGCAAAGCCCGCGGACAACUGCGAACCAAGAUUGAGUCUGGAGAAGGUACAAUACCCGUUCGUACGAGUAACACCAUUCAGACCUGGGAUGGAGUGUUGCAGGGAGAACGACUGCUAACCAUGUCGUGUAGUGACAAGAUUGCCAGAUGGAACAUGAUCGGAGUGCAGGGGUCUCUUCUGAGUCACUUUACAGAACCCAUCUAUUUCUCCAGUUUAAUUUUGGGAAGUCUGUACCACGCAGACCAUCUUUCCAGAGCCGUGUACCAGCGCAUUGCAGACAUGGACGAUUUGCCCAAACCAUUUGCCCUCAACAGACCUCUUCUUAGUGGUAUCAGUAACACAGAAGCAAGGCAACCUGGGAAAGCUCCCAACUUCAGCGUCAACUGGACAGUCGGAGAUCAGGGGUUGGAGAUCAUUAACGCCACCACAGGAAAAGAUGAUCUCGGAAGACCGUCUCACCUCUGUAAACACGCCCUCUAUAGUCGCUGGGUCUGUCUACAUGCCAAGCUCAGUGAAACUCUGCGGAUCCAAGGAUCUCGGCAAGGCUCCUACCACGAGGCAAAACAAGCAGCAGUGGAAUAUCACGCGGCCAAACAGACUCUCUUCAAUGCUUUCUACAAAGCGGGACUUGGAGCAUGGGUUGAAAAACCCAUUGAACAAGACCAGUUUUCCCUUACCUCUUAAGAUAAACCGAGAGAAAAGGAUUGUCGGCAAGAGAUCUUUUGUACAUUUCCAUGGAAUGCAAGGUUUUAAUCUAACCUCCAUAGUUGUUAUUUUUUUGCUUGGUUUCUUUUAUCUGUUAAAAACAGGGUUGUGUUCACUCAAAAAAUGGCUGGGUUAAAAAGAACCCAGCUGAAAACUUGGCACUGGGUAAAAGGUGGACAGUACCUUGCACUAAAACAAACCAGGUGGCUUGCAUGGUUAAUCACAUGGACCAUAAUGCUGGCUUAAUUUUACCUCAGAAUGAUCACUGUCUUCAGUGAGUUUUUCAGUCUCACAAACCUUAAUUUCAUCAGGAAGUUCCCCACAAGAAGUUUUCUCACAGGAGAGGAGACAAACUGAUCUAUAUUAUGGUUGCUAUAAACCAGCAGCUUGGUUGCACAAAAAUACACAUCAUUGUGAAAAUAACUUGAGAUGCGCAAUACAAAAUGUACUGAUAGAGAUAUCUGUUAUAUAAGAAAAACAUCUUCUGAUACCCAUAGUUGGUACUUCUAGUACCAAUGGUGGUACUGUGCUUUCAGCCACCUUUUUGAACACCCUAAUAUACAUUACAUAACUUCAAAUGCAAUUGAAUAAUUUUAUUCUCUAUAGCAUUUUUUUCGACAUUUAGCUAACUUAAGGUGCUUUAAUAACAGUCAAGCUGCGAUAAGUAAGGGAUACCGCACGGCUACCUGUGCAUUAAACGGUUUUAAUACAUACCUGCCAGCCAAUCAGAAUAGAGUAUUCAGACAGACCAUGGUAUGAUGAAAAUUAAAUGCUAUUAACAAGCCUCCCAUUUGAUUGAUAGGACAUAAUUAGCUGUUUAAAUAAUCAGCCGAUGUCUAUUAACUCCAAUAGUUAUAAAUACAGGCCAACAACAGUAAUUGCUAAAAAUAAAAUAAAAUAGCUAAAAAUAAUCCAACAAAAUGACCCAACAGGCUUUGGGUAAAGUGAAAACCCAAUUUUUUUUUUUUUUAUUUAUUUUUUUUGCUUGCUUGUUUUUUAAUAGUUAUAAAUGUAUUUUUAUGUACGUGUUUUUGUCUAAAUCCACAAGUACUUGUUUAAUAUUAAGACUGUGAUGUCAUUUCAUUGAAAACAAUAAAGACUGAACUGGAUCAUCAGAAAUCUAAAUUAAUCAGAUUGCAAUUGGGGAAGAUUUGUUUCGUUAAAAAAAAAAAAAAAAAAAAAAAGUUGUUGUACAGGGAUUCGAUCAUUAGACAUUUUUCAGUCAUUGUAAUUAUGUACAUACUAAUUUACAAUGUUACAGAUUCCAGAAAAUUGCUUUCGAUUUUACAUUGAUUACUUUAGUCUUGCAUCAAAUGGCUGUUUCAUGUGGAUUUAUGUUCCUGUUUGCAUGUUAUCCAUGAAGUACACAGGACCGUAGGGUGUUCCAUUCAUCAUUUUACAAUUAAGAAGGGUGCUUUGUAGACGCAGUGCACACUUCUGCAAAGCAUUGAUGUGAACUUCACAGUGGGUUUCCACUCGACAGUCUAUGCUGCAUUACGUCACCAAAGUGACUGAGAGCAACAUUUGGGACCAGGCCGUUAUUAUUUAGUUUGACUUGGCUCAGCAGGAGCCCUAGAAUCACUGCAAACUCUAGAACUCAACCUAGUUUUGUCGAGAGCUUGUCCUGGAAAAUUCCCAUGAUGCCACUGUGUUCUGCGAUUCAGGAUGCUCUUUGUUGUUUGAGUCCCGCUUGGAUUCGUUUUGAACUGGUUCAAGAAGUUGCUUUAAGUGCUGCAUCUAAGCAAAGACUCGAAAGCUGCAUGAGUAUUCACAUGAGAAGAAAAGUAUAAAGAGAACCAUACUGUAAGAAAAUAAAAUGAUCAUAAUUUUUGUUGUUUAU